AUGAUUGAUGCAAGUAAUAAAGUUGCAGAAUUAUAUGGAAAAGGGGAAUAUUGUUCUAGAUGUAUUCAUAGAUGGGCUAAAAUAUGUUUAGAAGGAAAACACAUUUCACUUUCUCUUAGUGGUAAAUUUUCUUCCAAAAGUUUCCUACAUGAUGAAUUGGUUUCUUUACAGGUAUCUUCUUACCUUCAUUCCAAAAAAUUUAAAGUUAGUCCAAUGCUAGUCAAAAAAUAUUUUGAAGAACAUAUUCUUCCUGUUUUACACAUUGAAGUUCCAUUCACAAUUUCUGUCAGAACUGCUGCUUGUUGGAUGAAUAAAUUGGGAUUCUAUUAUAAGCAAUACAAAAAAGGAAUUUAUUUUGAUGGACAUAAUUGUGAAGAUGUGUGUAAGAUAAGAACUCUUCCAACAUUGGAAUUAGGUGAGAAAGAACAUGUGUGGAUUAUACAUGAUGAGAGUACAUUCCAUACAUACAAUGGACCAUGUGCUGUUUGGGGACCACAGGAAGAGCAACCAUUGAGAAAAAAAGGUUUGAGCCAAGGAAUUCAUGUUUCAGGUUUCUUAACAGAAACUAUAGGACCAUUGAAAGAUGAUACUGGUGAAGCAAGAGUUACUAUGGUUUUGGGUGCAAAUCGGGAUGGUUACUGGAAUGGUGGAAAGACACAUCCUGGAUUUAUUGGAAUUUGGGCAUUUGAUAAUGCUACAUCACAUACAGCCUAUGCAUCAAAUGCACUAUUAGCAAGUAAAAUGAAUAAGGGACCAGGAGGAUCUGUGCUGAAAACAAGAGAUACAAUUUGGGAUGGGCAAAGACAAUCAAUGGUAAUUGAACAUGAUUUUUUUGUUUUAGAUAAAAAGCCAAACAAAUCAAUUAAUCUUCUAGGGGAGCCUAAAGGAAUUGAGUGGGUAUUAAAGGAAAGAGGUCUGUGGCAAGAAAAUAUGGUGCUUGAUUGUCAAGCAUGUUCAAAGAAAGAACCAAAUCCUGAUAAUAUAGGUUGUUGUGCAAGGCGUUUAAUUGCCAAUCAACCAGAUUUUCUUGCACAGAAGGGAUUAAUUCAACAAGAAAUAGAAUCAAGAGGACAUAAGGAUGUUAUUCCCGUGACUAGUGUGUGA